AUGGCAGAAGGAGUGUGUAAGACGGAGGGAGAUGAGGGACCGAGCACAGAGGAAGACUCGCAGUCCUUCCACGGAGUCGGCGUGUGCAAGUGGUUCAACGUCCGCAUGGGCUUCGGCUUCCUGUCCAUGACCCACCGGGAGGGAGUGCCGCUGGACGAACCGGUUGAUGUGUUCGUCCACCAGAGCAAGCUGCACAUGGAAGGUUUCCGCAGCCUGAAGGAAGGCGAAGCAGUUGAGUUUACUUUCAAGAAGUCAUCGAAGGGCCUGGAGUCGCAGCAGGUUACUGGACCGGGUGGCAUCCACUGUGUGGGCAGUGAGCGGAGACCCAAAGGCAAAAAAGUCCAAAAGCGUCGCUCAAAGGGAGACAGAUGUUAUAACUGUGGAGGCCUGGAUCACCAUGCCAAAGAGUGCAAGUUACCACCCCAGCCCAAGAGGUGCCACUUCUGCCAGAGUAUUGACCACAUGGUCGCCAGCUGCCCAAUCAAAGCACAACAGUCCUCACCGGUUUCUCAGGGAAAACCAUCCCCCUUGAAAGGAGAUGAUGGAGAGCACAGCCAACCGGCGCCACCUCCUGAGACCUCUGAUUAAACGGGAGAUCCGGCCUCGCUGAAGCACACAAGCCAAUCAUGCUUGUUUUGACGGUUGAGGAGGGAGACAGAAUUUCCCUCCCCAACUGUUAAAGCUGCUUUUGGAAUUACCUCAGGUUAAAAAACACUCAUAAGGAAUGUUUUCUGUUAUUAUUUUUAUUUGGUGUAACAUUAAGGAAUACUGCUUCAUUAUUGCACUCAGGAAGUUUAAAUGGUGUAACAGUGUGAUCCCUGCUUUCAGGAACGUGUUGACCUUGUAGAGAUAAUACUAAAAGGUCUUCACAAGCAUUUGCAGAUUGCUUCUAAGUAACUGCACUUUCCUUGUGAGCUUUAUUAAUCAGUUUCUUUUGUGUUAUACUCAAUGUGUUGAGAAUAGACCUAAACGUUUGCUGCCUUAUCAUUCAGCCUCUUUCCUGACUGUUACACCUUACUGUCAACAAAGCAGAGAUGCGCCAGACAGUGUCUCUGUGAUGAAUGUUAGCUUAUGGAUCGUGUGGAGAGGGAGGGGGAAGGGGUGUUGAUGGAAAAUAACACAAAACGGGUUUAAGGGUAGAGGCAAUGUACUGUAGUGACAUUUGCCGGUAUUGCUGUUGACCAUCCAGAUUCCUGGGGCCAAAUGAAUGUCAGACCAAAAAGUCUUUUACGGGUUUUGGUCGGUUAUUUUUUUUGUAUUAUUUCUUUUUUGUAUUUUUUUUUGUAUUUUAAAUUCAGAAUUUUGCUGGCUGUUCUGGUCUACCUCACUAGUGCAUGUUUGGUCUGCUAUUUAAGGACAUCUGAUUUUAGUUGGGAUUAAAUCAAAUCCUUUUUGCACUACAGAAUGUAUACAGGAUGGAAGUUUUCCAUCACAUACCACCUUAAAGAGUAACUUAACAACCGGACCUGCAAAGAUUCAGUUCCACACUCUGGUGCACUGUUUGGGUGGGUGUAUUUUUAGACCUGAGAAACUAAAACCGCCCUGUGGUUAUUUGGUUAAAACACGAGGUCAGUAGAUAUCUGAAGCAUGCUUUUCAUUUCAGCCAAAUUUAGCAGCACAAAACCAAUUUUCUCACCUUAUCAGCACCUUGGUCUGCUGCUAUCUUUCUGUUUUGUGACCAAACGCGGAAGAUGGCAGUACAUUAUCUGUUGUGCUGACUGCAGUGCCGGUGCCGCUUUUUUAAUUUACAUGAGAGUACUGGGUUUAAACCUCCAGGUGAAAGUUAGGCUUUUUCUCCGUAGCCCAGUUGAGGUGCAUCUUACAUCAUCUCUGGUUCAAGAUUGGCUCAACAAAAAACAAAAAAAUGCAACAAUUCUAACCCAUAUUCUGGAUACGUCUGUGUGUGGUGGUCCUUGUAGCACUGACUCCAGACACUGCCCACGCCUAAAUCUCCACCAAGCUUAUGACUGGGCUUUGUUUCACAAUUUUCUCUAAUCUGUUAGCAUCCAUGUUGCUUGUGCACUUUGUUUACAACACCUUUUCCUACCUCUCAACUUUCCAUUAAUAAGCUUGGAUACUGCACUCUGUGAACAGCCAGAUACUUUAGCGAUACCCUUCUUUGAGGAUUAUCUUUGUUGAGGAUGUCAGGGAUUUUCUGCUGGACACCUGUCAAACCAGCAGUCUUCCCUGUGAGUGUUAUGUAAUUUGGUAAUAUCAUGUGCUGCUGAAUUUUGGUUUUCAUUGGCUGUAAAUCAGGAUCAACAUAUUGAACAGAAGAAAAUAAUCCUUGAAUAAUCUGUGUGUAAUAGAGUUAUAUAAUAAGUUUCACUUUUAUAACUGAAUUACUGAAAUAAUAUUUGAGUUAUUUUCAAAUUUCUUGAGAUGCACCUGUACUUGCAAGGAUAUGCUAAAGCCUGGCCUAUAGAGGGCAGCAAAACGUUGCUUUUUGGCCUGAGGGUAGUUAGUCUUCUUUUCUUAGUUUUUUUUUAGGUAGUGCCAUCUUUCUCUCAGCAGUAUUCUAUCUUUAUUGGCAGAUCUGUAAAGGUCGGUUGCUUCAUGACUUCUUUAACUUAGGAUUACAUUAUCCGUACAAUAGCAUAAAUACUUGACCUUUUACAGAGUUACCGAGGGUUCCAACUACCUCUAACCUGGAUGCUUAAAAUAAAUGAAUGGAAGUAAGGCAGAAUCAGACAUGAUGUUUCGUGUGAGAAGGCUACUGUUGUUUUAUGUCCAGUUUGAUCUAUUUCUAGGUAGAUAUUUAAGACACUGUAUAGGCUUUUAGCUCAGGAGUACCUAGCCUGCAAGGAGGAGCAUGUAGACCUAGCUAGUCUGUUAGCAUUUUACUCCCGUUUUACAGGAGAUGCUGACUGAUACUUUAACACCCAAUUAAUAUAUAUGUAAAAUUAUUCCAAAGCCUUUUUAAGAAAUGCAUACUACUUAUUUAUUUUCAUCAGAAAGCACCGCAUCUUCUCUUUGUGCUCCUUUUGAAGCCUAUCAGCAAUGAAUGUUUGAGAAGAGAUCAUCACAUAACACACAAAUAGGUCAAAGAAAGCUUGAAAAAUAUCUGGUUUACUAUCUUAACAUCAUGGUACUCUUACUGCUGUGUACAUAUGUGCUUGAAAGAUCAUUCCCUUCAUUUAAUUUGGCCUGCUUGCGAGGUUACGGUAAUAUAUUGCUACAUAAGAGUAUGAAUAUGCAAUACAUACUGUACAGGUACAUGAAAUAAUGAAGACUGAUCUAAACUGUGAGGAUUUUCUUUGCCUUUUAUGAUUAUUUUUUAUUUUUUUUAUUUUGAGUAUAUUAUUUUGUGUGCAGAAUGAGCCUUUUGGAAGAAAAGCUCAUUGUUUUUCAAAUCUAUGCCAAAACCAAUGCAAUGCCACUCUGCACUAAUAAUGUGUAAGGUGCAUUAAUGUGUUUUCUAUAUUUCAUUUUUGUUGCGUCUGAAUAUAUGUUUCAUAUUUUAGAUAACUUUUUAAAGUUUAUUUCAAACUGGAAGAAAUACCUCAUCUCUUGGGUUCAUCUCAGGAUUUGCUAAUCUGAAAACUCAGGGAUGGUUUUAGAUUGAAUUGAAGGAGUCAAGGAUUAAAAGCUAAUUUACAAAAUGUGAACAAUGUAACAAUGAAGUCAAAUUCAAAAUGGCUUUGGGAGUGUCUUGGUCCUUUUUUUUUUUUACUGCUACACAAUGAAAAUGUAUUAAAGGAUUUUUAAACUUUUGGUCAGGAAAACAAUUAUACCCUAACAUCGUAUAUCAAUAUAGAGUAAUGGUGCUUUUAUGUCCUCUUUUGCCUAAUAUGAAGAAAGUGUUCCACUAUUAUUGUAUUCUUUCCUCUGUAAUCGUUGUAGAUGGGGAUAAAAGUAGAAUAUUUUAACGGGAUUGGGGCUAGUAGUGUAUAAUCGUUGUCUCAUCUCAACACGUCUAUAAUUAGUGUUUCAGACUAUCAAUGCUUAUGACAAAAAGAAUGUGCCACAACUGACUUAACACACACAUUACUACUUUCAUUCUCAGUGGGUUUUCCAUAAAUUCAGAAGGUUUAAAGUCAAACCAUUUUAGGGUUUCGAUAUGUGAAUUGUUCCACUCAGGGUUUAUAAUGUAAGAAAGUAAGAACUGGCAUUAAGUGUAGAUCUUUAAUUUUCUUUGCAUAUUUUCUUCAUUGUAUUAUUUUGAAAUUAGUGUUUACAGCUACAGUGCCUGUAUAUCCUUCGAUUGGAACAACUUACCUGCUUUUUCUUCUGUGUGACCUAUAUGAGGACUGACAACUUCAUCUGUUAAACUAACUUAAAGCAAUGUUUACAUGUAGUUCUCAAAUUAGGAUUUAAUAAAAGCAUUAUGAUUGGUUAGGGGUUAAUCAGUUGUACUUUGCUAUCUCAAAAUAUAUCUUUGAAACUUACCAACGUGUCUGGCCCCUACAAUUUUAUUGUCAUGUGCUUUAAAAUCAAACAACUUGUAAGCCUAGCUCAGGUUUGAAGGAGAUCAUGGCUGUCUUAUUUGUUUUUUUCUUUCUUUUUGUACCCGUCUUAUUUUUGACCAUCAGCCAGUUCAUUUGUGGUGUUAUUGUAUUUUAUCAAGCGAUUUAUUACAGAGCUACUUCCGAAAAAUGUGCAUUUACUAUUAAUGAAUGUAUUAGUAUUUACUGCCAUAAAACCCACAAUUAUCUUUAACUCAGGUAAUUUAAUGACUAUAGUCUGUAAGUGAUGAGCAGCAUGUGAGAUUUACUGUGAUUAUGUUUCUAUAUGUAAAAUUUUGGUCCAU